AAGCACACGGCAAACCAGCGGGAGCACUUCUGCCGUUUUUCGUACUGUCUCAAGCUGUACCUUCUCGCAGAGCCUUGCAAUAUUUUUGUACUGACACAGAUCAGAAGAGGAAACCGUUCUUUUCAGGUGUAUGCGAAGGUUUCUUGGAAGAGUUUCUUCUUCUGGAGGUGCGUGCUGUACUACCUGAGUCGGAAACGAGCUUCUGGAACCAGUAUAGCAGUAUUGAUCAUGGCUUCCCGUAAGAAGGUUCUCCUGAAAGUUAUUAUUCUUGGUGAUAGUGGUGUCGGCAAGACAUCUCUCAUGAACCAGUAUGUGAAUAAGAAGUUCAGUAACCAGUAUAAAGCUACUAUUGGAGCUGAUUUCCUGACGAAAGAAGUUAUGGUUGAUGAUCGUCUCGUAACUCUUCAGAUUUGGGAUACUGCGGGUCAGGAACGCUUUCAGUCGCUCGGUGUAGCCUUCUAUCGUGGUGCGGAUUGUUGUGUAUUGACCUUUGACGUAACGAUGCCCAACACAUUCAAGAACUUGGACAGUUGGAGAGACGAAUUUCUCAUCCAGUCCAGUCCGCGGGAUCCAGAUAACUUUCCGUUCGUUGUACUAGGGAACAAGGUGGAUCUGGAAUCGAGAGCGGUAUCGACAAAACGUGCACAGGCUUGGUGCACGGGCAAGAACAACAUUCCGUACUUCGAGACUAGUGCCAAGGAGGCAAUCAACGUCGAGCAGGCCUUCCAGACCAUUGCCAAAAAUGCGUUACUGCAGGAGGCAGAAGUGGAGAUGUACAACGACUUCCCCGAUCAGAUCAAGCUUAACGAUGCAGAGCAAAAGGAGAAUACUGGCAACUGUGCCUGUUAAGCCGGUGAUGUCUUGCAUAGCAGCUUAAUUAGGAACUGGUAUUUAGGACUUUAUUCUUUCCUCUGUCUUUCUUCUCCUUUCUCUUCUUCUCUUUGAGGUGGAUGUAAGAUACUAGUUGUUCGAUGCUAACAUUACUUCCGUGUCCCUAGUCCUAUCACGGCUGUAGUUGUCUCUUGUUGCGUCUGUUCAAUCCUCAUGCACCAUAACCUUCCAAACCGAGUCUGUACCUGUGAUUCUUUUCAUCUGCCUGUUUUUCAUGUUGUCUGUGUAUGUUUUGUCUCGUUCACAUUCAUUGUGCUGAAUAUAUUUCUGAUGAUUUCUCUAUGAAACAAGCGUAUUGCCUGAUAAUGAUUUUUUUAAAGGUGUAUUUUGCAUUGCAUUCGAUCCAUGCAUGGAAUUGGCCUGGUUCUUUUCUCAAUUGUGUUGUCACGCUCCCAAAUGCUGUGUUUACGGCUUAGCUGUACCUACUAAUGCUGGCCUUCCUUAUGUGUUUCCGUUUUCCAUGCUGUUUUUCAAAUCUAAUUCUGGCUCCACAAACCCAAUAGAGUUGCCUGCUCCGUCGCCUUGCUUUACCCAACACCUCCCUAUCUUUAGUCUCCAUACUCGGUGUUGCCGGUUCUAAUAGUAUGUCACCAUGUCUUGGAUGAUCUGUGUUUGGUUGUCAUAGAUAUCUUUGUUUAGUGUGGAGCAAGUGAUGUCUAUUUAUGGCCAUUGGCAUUGACUUUGUGGAUUCCUGCUAUUAAUGGUUGAAGCAGAUUGAACUUACUCCAUCUGGA